CCACGGGACUCCACCAUGGAUUUUUAAUAUUUCAUGGAUAUUAAUGUUGUUCCAUAGACUCUCCAGUCAGUACGGGCCUGUCCUCCGUUAUAUUCUCGUUCCGGAGGUGCUCGUGGCUGAUGAUCCAGGGUCCCAGUCUGCUCUCCUUCAUGCCUCCCCCAGCAACUCCCUCACGGGCCCAUAAGAAUAAAUACAAAUACAGCUAUAUUGUUGUACUACAAUUUAAUUAUGUAGUUUGUACUUGCUGCAUUUCGGCAGGAUCAUCAAAGAGUUUACUUUUACUUACCAGAGUGAACUUCACCUGUCCCUUUGUCACCAGUGAGAGGCGCCAAUGAGCGACAGUGGACUGGAUGCAUCGGAAGUAUCUUGAAUAGCAGAAGCAGGAAAACGCGCUAAAGUGGAGGUGGACAUGGAGGAGGAGGCCAGCACCGCGGCGUCCAGCAGCACGGCCCCAGAGAGAGCCACGGGCGCAUACGAGCUGCCCUGGGUGGAGAAGUACCGUCCGCUCAAACUGUGUGAGGUCGUGGGGAACGAGGAGACUGUGACCCGCCUGGAGGUGUUCGCCCGAGAGGGAAAUGUGCCCAACAUCAUCAUCGCAGGCCCUCCUGGCACCGGUAAGACCACCAGUAUCCUGUGCCUGGCCCGGGCCCUGCUGGGAUCCUCCAUGAAGGACGCUGUGCUGGAACUGAACGCCUCCAAUGACAGAGGUAUUGAUGUGGUCCGAAAUAAAAUCAAGAUGUUUGCUCAACAAAAGGUGACUCUCCCUAAAGGACGACACAAAAUCAUCAUCCUGGACGAGGCGGACAGCAUGACGGACGGCGCACAGCAGGCUCUGCGCCGCAUCAUGGAGAUCUACUCUAAAACCACGCGCUUCGCUCUGGCUUGUAACACCUCUGACCGCAUCAUUGAGCCCAUCCAGUCGCGCUGUGCUGUCCUGCGCUACUCCAAGCUCAGCGAUGGGCAAGUCCUGGCACGCCUGCAGGAAGUUGUACAACAGGAAGGACUAAGCGUGACCGAUGAUGGGCUGGAGGCUGUCAUCUUCACCGCGCAGGGGGACAUGAGACAGGCGCUGAACAACCUGCAGUCCACUCACUUGGGCUUUGGUUUCAUCAACAGUGAAAACGUGUUCAAAGUGUGCGACGAGCCCCACCCCUUGCUGGUGAAAGGCAUGCUGGGAAACUGUGUGCAGGGUCAGGUGGAUGAAGCCUACCAAGUCAUGGAGCAACUGUGGAGGCUGGGCUACUCUCCUGAAGACAUUAUUGGCAACGUGUUCAGAGUCUGCAAGACGUACAGCAUGCCGGAGUACCUCAAGCUGGAGUUUAUCAAGGAGAUCGGCUACACCCACGUGCGUGUGGCUGAGGGGGUCAACUCUCUGCUGCAGAUGGCCGGUCUCGUGGCACGGCUGUGCAGCAAAGCAGUGCCCCCUGCAGCCUCCUGAGGAGACGUGCAGAGGGAAGGGCAUUAGAAAUGGACUGUUUGGUAUUUCUAAUGGUGGAAUUAAAGUGUGGAUGGCUGUGUUUAUGUGAAGGUUUGAUUGCCUGCUAACCACUUUUAUAAUGUUCAUGGAGAUUUGUUUGGUGUAGACAGUAGGUAGAUUACAUAUAAAUGCAGAAUCAUUAAAGCACUGCCAGUUUUUGUGUUGUCACCUUUUAAAAAUGGAAGUACAACCACAAAAGUGUAAGAAAGUCUUUGUCAUAGUGCAGUAUGCGACUGACUCUCUACAGGAGGCAGUGGUUCUGGCUGGCCAUAUUAGGCCUGAGUUUUGGGUCAGUCUAGUCACCAGCUGUGCCUCUACAGUGUGCACUGUGGUGUGGUCAUGUGCCUCAGGUCUUUACUGUUUUCUGAUGAGAGAAAAGCACUGCCACUCAGUGCAGUACUGGUAGUCUGCUGCAGGGUCCUGUGCUCAUUGUCUCAAGUGUGGUUCACAUGUUCACAGUAAAACUU